AUGGUCAGAAGGAUCUUUGGCUUAAACAAGAAGUUACUCAAAAAAACUGGUGAAGAUAAAUCAGAGUCAAAUGUAGAUCAGAAAACUGGAAGCCCUAAAUCUGUGACGGAACCUGAUGCUAGCCCGAAUGAGAAUGAUCCCCAGAGGCCUGCAUCUGCGUAUGAUGCCUCAUCAUCAAGGGCGACGUCCUCUUUUGGUACGUCGUCCAUCUUCUCCAGAAGUAGAUAUACUAGUGGCACUGGAUCUUCAUCUGCCGCCAGUGAUUUCACAUAUGGUAAGAAAAAGCAUAGCAACCUUUCAGGUGCUCCAUUCGAAGACGUGGGAAAGCCGCUAAGGAUUGUAGACCAUGAGAAGUUUAGUUUAUUGAAUCCAGUUCUUGAAGAAGAUGCUCCAAACGAGUCAACCAUACCAAAAGACGGUGAAAGUGCGCAGGCCCCAACAGCAACUAAUACCUUGUCAAGGACUAGAAUAUCACGAUCUUUGGAUCAGGUAGAGAACGAACUAAAUAUUCUGGAAGAUAGGCUUGUCGGACUGAUGGAUGAUAUCAACCAGAAUGUUACUAGUAUAUCAAAGGCAGUGAUGCAAGCUAUUGAAUUCUUCAAACAAUUUUUACCAAGUUCAAGCGUCAAGGGCUCCUCGAGAGUUACUUUCGAGAGAUAUGCGUCACUUAGAAACAUAAGCAAAAUUUUCUUACACUUUAUGGAUAACCUGCUUAUAUCAGAAGCCUUUGGUAACUCACGCUCCAUAUUAAUGAGGAGAUAUCUGCACUUUUUGAAGCGGCUAAACAUAAACGUGCUGGAAGAUUCAGAGUCCGAGUCACAAACACUUCCGUGUUUGUCAAACUUUUGCCUUGAUGCUGAUUGCAAUCUCCCAAACCGAACAAGUAUCAACAGAAUUAUUGAUGAAAUAGUCAGUUCGGAUUCCUCUUUGAUUUCCGACUGUGAUGGUGCCUUCAUAGCUCCUGUUUUAAGAGGCUUAAGCCGAAAGUCUUCUCUAUUAACGGUCAUGUUUGGCGUGCCUAGCCCUCAACAGGAACACUAUGACAUAGUGAAGGCUUUGUACUCUAUGUUUCCUGACGUUCACUUCUUCUGUAUCAAAGAUUCUAUCAAGCCUUGUGCGGAAGUAUUGGGACCAAGACCAAUGGCAGCCAAUACGCUCCCGACUCCUUCUGCCGGAUCUUUCCAAUUCACUCCGCCAUACAGACUUGCUCCAGAUGCACUUAGUCCGCCAAUGUCAAUGUCUUUAUCUUCGGAUCUCAGCUCUAAAAUGACUGGCACUUUAGGAGGAUAUCUGUUCCCACAGAUAGAAAAAGGCUCAAAACUAUCUCAUUUCUCAGGUGCCUCUUUUGCCAUUACUUGUUCGCAUGUCGUCCUGUCAGAAUCACAGGAUUAUCCAUUUGUAUCUAUACCUUCGAAAGUGUUGCAAACGACAUAUAAGAAUACGCUAGUAGAAGAAUCACAUAGGUAUGCAAAGGACUCACCAGAAGAGAAAGCUUUUAUGGAUGAAAGUCUUAGGAUUGAAGAAAACAUGAAGUGGCAAGAUGAGAAUAAAUUUGGUCAAGUCGUUUGGGGAGAAAGGUCGAUAGUCAAUCAAAAGCUCUCAGACUUCGCAAUCAUUAAAGUAGGAUCGCAAUACAAAUGCGAGAACUGCUUGGGAGUUGGUCUGACCGGUGUGCCGGAUCCCACCCUUCGUUUCCAGAACAUGUAUGUCAAGGAGAAAGUUCUCAACUUGAAGCAUGGUAUGCGAGUAUUCAAGAUCGGUGCAGCCACAAAUUACACUUCAGGAACUGUGAGUACGGCAAGACUUGUCUAUUGGGCCGACGGGAAGCUACAGAGUAGCGAAUUCGUUGUGUCAUCUCCAUUGCCAUUAUUCGCUAGCGCAGGAGACUCAGGUUCAUGGAUUCUGACGAAACUUGAGAAUAAAGUCGGACUUGGUGUAGUGGGUAUGUUGCACUCGUAUGACGGAGAACACAGGCAGUUUGGACUAUUCACUCCUAUAGGAGAUAUCCUGGAACGCCUGCAAAGUGUCACAGGUGUGAUGUGGGACAUAGAUUGUCCGCUCGAUGACUAG